UGUUCAGGGUUUAUAAGGCUUGCGUCUCUUCUUGGAGUCACAGUGGAUUUUUAUUUCCACUGUGUACAUCUCUGUGGAAAAUGACCAUCACAAAUUUCUCAAUUGAAUAUGAUGCCAUCAACAGCACAAACACCUUCUCAAAUGGAGAUACCAUUAAUGGAAGAGUCAUUGUGGAGGUUUCUAAGGAGAGUAGAAUCCAGUCGCUUAUUUUCAUUGGACAAGGAAUAGCUCGAGUUCGUUGGACUGAACAUUACGGGCAAAAUCAACAUCGCGUGUACUGGGCUGAUGAGAAAUAUUAUGAUGUAAAACACCACAUCUUGAGAGAGGCAAGACAAGAUGGAACUGAAGUCCUUGGUAAAGGAAGACAUGUAUUUCCUUUUUCCUUCAAGAUUCCUGACAGAAAAAUCCCAUCAUCUUUCACAGCCUCCAUAGGGAAAAUUGUUCAUAAGUUGAAGGCAGAGCUGAAACAAUCGAUGAAGCUGACAAAAAAGGCCAAAGUCCACUUCACAUUUGAGUCCAAAGCAGACAUGGAUAUUCCUGGACUUAUGGAACCUCAGUACAGUUGCAAGGACAAAUCUCUCAAACUUUUUGGCUCUGGAACCAUUUCAAUGGAUGUUCACACCAAGCAGAUGGGAUACAAACAAGGUGAGGCUUUCCAAGUCACAGCUGAAAUCAACAACUGCUCAUCUCGUUCAGUGAAGCCCAAAUUCAUACUGUAUGAGAAGAAGAGUUUCUUUGCGCAGGGUCGCAGGAGAGUUUGCACAAAUGAGAUCCUUAAGGAGAAGUUUGAGGCUGUCGAAUCCUCUGGCAAAGAGACUGUGACCAAGGUGAUCAACAUCCCCAGGGAACUACCUCCCUCCAUCUUGAACUGCUCCAUCAUCAAGCUGGAAUACAGGCUGAAGGUCCAUCUGGAUGUCAAAUGUGCUUCAGACCCGGAGAUCAAACUCCCUAUAGUCAUCCUUCCUGCCUCUGAGGUUCCUGCUAAGAAACAACCACCGGCUUCUGAUGACUUUGGAUUUGAAGCAUUUGCGAGCCCAAAGGAAGCACCCCGGAACACAGCACCCCAACGACUAACAAUACCCCAACAACAUGCAGCACCCCUACCUGUGGAGGCCCCACCCACCUAUGCGACAUAUGCAAUGUAUCCCACCUUUAUUGAGUCUGACAAAUAUCACAGUGCACUAUAAAUAUGCCACAGAUUUAGCAUUGCACUCCUGAACAUUGACGAAAGAUAUAUAUAAAAAAGGUAUAAUAAUCUUUUUUAUUCUAUGCAUUCUUCUUCCUUGUCAUAAACCUGGGGGCUGUCUUUGACUUAGAUUUUCUUUUGCUCGCUUCUCAUUUUACUUUUGUGACUUUUGUUGUUGUCAGAGCAUUGUUGGAGGGAGCCUGAGAGCAAGGAUAACACUGCCAACAACUGUUUCACUGUGACUGUGUGCAUGUGCCAAAUAAAAAACUUAAAGGAC